CUUCUUCACCGGCCGCUCGGUUUACCCGAAUCGGAUAAUGGACAUUUUCACUCUCUCCACUCCACAUGCUUCUCCGGCCAAGACGCCGCCGUUCUCCGCCGCCCCUCUAGCUGGUAAACACCGCACCCUACAGUCUUCACACUCCGCCACCCCCAGAGCUCCCUCACACGUAUCCUUCUCUCUAAGACUCGGACCCGAGCCGGAGCCGGAGCCCGACCCCUCGGCCUCCUCCUCCACCUCCUCCUGCCGCCACCUCCGGCGGCCCCAUACCAUAAAGAAGGCCGUCACUCCGCCCCCUCCCACCGCCGCCGCCAGGAAAGUCCCCAAGAACCCCCUGAAGAACCUGAUAAGCCGCACACCUAUCGCCUCACCUAUCGCCUCCAAUCAGCCGACAGCUUCUCACUCUCUCUCUAACAAGCUCUGGCUCUCCAGUAAACUCUCCCCUCCGCCUCCGCCUCCCCCUCCGCUGGAAAUUCAAGAAAUUGAAGCUCAAACGACCGCAGAAUUAGACCCAGGUGAGAAAUUAAGCUCAGCAGAGGAUGCGCCACCGUCCAUUGAUUACCGUCAGCUCAGGAAGAUCUUCGUCGGGAACCUGCCCACCUGGGUCAAGAAACAUGAGCUCACCGAGUUUUUUCGGCAGUUUGGGCCCAUAAGCAACGUCAUCCUGAUCAAGGGCCACAAUGAGACUGAACGCAAUGCGGGAUUUGGGUUCGUGAUUUAUGGUGGCCCUGCCGCGGCCAAGUCUGCCAUGAAGGCCGUGGAGUUCGACGGUAUUGAAUAUCACGGAAGGGUUCUGACCGUGAAGUUAGAUGAUGGGAGGCGGCAGAAGUCGAGAGCAGAGGAGAGGGUUAGGUUCGUGGAGGGCCGCGGUGGCGAGGGGAGGGAGUACAGGUCGGAGUGGCACGGGGAGAGGGAGGGCUUGAGGAAUGGAUUCCGGAGUGUUCUGGAGACUGAACCUGAGAACUGGCAGGCUGUUGUUAGCGCAUUUGAGAGGAUAAAAAAGCCUUCCAGAAGAGAGUUUGGCUUAAUGGUGAAUUAUUAUGCAAGACGGGGAGACAUGCAUCGUGCACGUGAAACAUUUGAAAGAAUGCGAGCGAGGGGAAUAGAACCGAAUUCGCAUGUGUACACAAAUCUUAUAUACGCGUAUGCUGUGGGAAGAGACAUGGAAGAGGCGUUAUCUUGUGUAAGGAAAAUGAAGGAAGAAGGUAUUGAGAUGAGCCUUGUGACUUACAGCAUAUUGGUGGGAGGAUUCGCCAAAAUGGGCAAUGUUGAAGCUGCAGAGCACUGGUUUAAGGAGGCUAGAGAGAGACAUUCAACUAUGAAUGCAAUCAUCUACGGGAAUAUAAUAUAUGCAAAUUGCCAAACAUUCAAUAUGGAUCGAGCUGAAGAACUUGUGAAGCAGAUGGAAGAAGAAGGGAUAGAUGCUCCUAUUGAUAUAUAUCACACAAUGAUGGAUGGUUACACAAUGAUUGGUGAUGGAGCCAAAUGUUUGAUUGUUUUCGAGAGACUUAAGGAAUGUGGUCUUACACCCUCUGUAAUUAGUUAUGGAUGUUUGAUAAAUCUCUUCAUUAAGACUGGGAAAGUUUCCCGAGCCUUAGAGAUCAGCAGGACGAUGAGAUCUGAGGGCAUAAAGCACAACAGAAAGACCUACUCAAUGCUGAUCAAUGGGUUCAUAAAGCUAAAGGAUUGGGCGAAUGCAUUCGCGAUCUUUGAGGAUGUGAUGAGGGAUGGGUUGAAGCCCGAUGUGGUGCUUUACAAUAACAUCAUCCGAGCAUUCUGUGGGAUGGGAAACAUGGAGCGUGCAAUCGGGACUAUCAAACAGAUGCAGAAAGAGAGGCAUAGGCCCACGUCUCAAUCAUUUAUGCCCAUUAUACAUUCUUUUGCUAAAGCAGGAGAUGUGAGAAGGGCUCUGGAGAUUUUUGAUAUGAUGAGACGGAGUGGAUGCAUACCGACUGUGCAUACAUUUAAUGCUCUAAUUCUUGGUCUUGUGGAGAAGCGUAAGAUGGACAAGGCAAUUGAAAUACUGGACGAGAUGAUGCUUGCUGGAAUUAAUCCAGAUGAGCAUACGUACACAACCAUCAUGCAUGGGUAUGCGUCACUAGGUGAUACAGGUAAAGCUUUCGAGUAUUUUACAAGAAUGAGAAAUGAGGGCCUCGAACUUGAUGUGUAUACAUACGAGGCCUUACUGAAGGCAUGCUGCAAGGCUGGAAGGAUGCAGAGCGCUCUUGCAGUUACUAGAGAGAUGAGCUUGCAAAAGAUCCCCAGGAAUACUUUUGUCUACAACAUCUUGAUUGACGGAUGGGCCCGAAGAGGAGAUGUAUGGGAAGCUGCAGAUCUAAUGCAGCAAAUGAAAGGGGAAGGGGUUAAGCCUGACAUUCAUACUUACACAUCUUUUAUCAAUGCUUGUUGCAAGGCUGGUGACAUGCAGAGAGCGGCGAAAACGAUGGAGGAAAUGGAGGCCCUGCGGGUGAAACCCAACAUCAAGACAUACACGACUCUGAUCCACGGGUGGGCUCAUGCCUCUCUCCCUGAGAAGGCCCUUGCGUGCUUCGAGGAGAUGAAGCUCAAAGGCCUGAAGCCCGACAAGGCUGUGUACCACUGCCUGAUGACCUCGCUACUCUCAAGAGCCACAGUCGCCGAAGAGUAUGUGUACUCAGGAAUCGUGUCCAUCUGCAGAGAGAUGGUAGAGUCAGAGCUGACAGUGGACAUGGGGACCGCAGUUCACUGGUCAAAAUGCCUGAGGAAGAUCGAGAGGACAGGUGGAGAGCUUACGCAGGCCCUGCAGAAGACCUUCCCUCCCGAUUGGAACUCAUUGCACUCUAUCAGCGAAGAGGGGGAAGGCCCUGAUGUCGACUCAGGUGGUGAUGAGUCUGAUACUUGCGAUCAUAACAAGCACUACGCUGGUGAGACUGAUGAAGAAGACGACGACGACGAUCUUGGCAAGAGAUUAUGGAAUUAGGAUGGCUUUUUCCAGCUAUUAUAUGCCUCUGAUUUUUGCCGUCCGGUAAUCGCGUUGUUUCAUUUAUCGCCAAUACAACCAGACACUGGCACUGUAAUUUAUGAAACCCGUCCAAAAGUUAGUUGUUAAAUAUGAUUUCCACAUACUGAUGAAA